AUGACCCCACAUUUUGCUUGUUUGAAGAUCAGGCGGUAUUGCAGGCUUAUUUUUCGCACUGUCUUAAGGAGUGUAAUUUGCUUUCUUAGCAAAUUUUCUGCUAGUGUUGUGUUCGUAAACCAAUUGAAACCUAUUGUCUGGAAAGUUAUGCUGACUGCAGAUUUGAAGAUUGGUUCUGCUCUAAUGUUAACGCAACAUGCUCUGCAAGGCCAGUCCAUACUCACCACAAGCCACACGCCACAUCAAUACCCACCACACACGCCACAACAGUACAGCAAAGAGGCCAACACGGAAAAGAUUAACAACCAAGAGGAGAGUAAGUUUGGGAAGCUGGAUGUUACACUGAGUGAAGAGUCUCAGGAGUCCUUGAACAAAUGGACGAACCAUGACAACAUGCAGGAUAACUUCUGCGAACUUGACGACAUAGAGUCACCAGAAGCAGUGUACUAUGACCUCGUCCUGAACCCUGAAAGGUUCACGGGCUACACCGGCCCUUCUGCCGUUAAUGUCUGGAGACUUAUCUACGACCAGAACUGCUUCAAACAUCCUGGUUGCUAUGGUGGUAGCGAUGCUAACGAUGAUACCGAACUCUCAUUUUUCUAUUUUGGCAUUGUCUUUUUUGCAAACAGGCCAGAGAAAGUCGGGUACGGUCAAUAUCUAGCCAAUGAUGGGCAUGUGCCUGGAGAAGAGAACAUUCCACAGAUUGAUAUCUGGCUUCCAUACGAGCAUCAACCCAAGAAUGCCUUCGCCAAGCCAACCUGGGGCCCAAACUUGGAGGAGUUCAUUAAGAGGUAG